UCCCCUCGCACCAGCACCUUAUCCUGAUCUCUUGCUCCCCUCCCCUCUCCGUCCCAGCAAACCACCCCCAAAACCCCUCUCCGAUCCUCUUCUAUAUAUCAUCCAUCAUCGGAAGCUCACCGCAUCACCUGCAACAACAAAGCGAAAUCACCAGAUUGUCCCAGGCGAGGAGCACACAGUAACUAGCCCAUCGAUCGGCAGCAGCAGCAACAAUGGCGGCGGCGAAGAAGAGCGGCGGCGGCGAGAUGACGGUGGUGCGUGGGCUGGACGUGGCGCGGUACAUGGGGCGGUGGUACGAGAUCGCGUCGUUCCCAUCCUUCUUCCAGCCCCGGGACGGCCGGGACACGCGCGCCACCUACAAGCUGCUGGAGGACGGCGCGACGGUGCACGUGCUGAACGAGACGUGGAGCAAGGGCAAGCGCGACUACAUCGAGGGCACGGCGUACAAGGCCGACCCCAGCAGCGACGAGGCCAAGCUCAAGGUCAAGUUCUACCUCCCGCCCUUCCUCCCCAUCAUCCCCGUCGUCGGCGACUACUGGGUGCUCUACGUCGACGACGACUACCAGUACGCGCUCGUCGGCGAGCCCCGCCGCAAGAACCUCUGGAUCCUGUGCAGGAAGACGAGCAUCGAGGAGGAGGUGUACAACCAGCUGGUGGAGAGGGCCAAGGAGGAAGGCUACGACGUGAGCAAGCUGCACAGGACGCCGCAGCAGGACCCGCCGCCGGAGAGCGACGCCGCGCCCACCGACACCAAGGGGGUCUGGUGGUUCAAGUCGCUCUUCGGCAAAUGAUCCAUCUAUCAUUCACUACACAUGCUACGGUGCUUUGCUGCUAGUACUAGUGUUAUCUGCUAAGCAUAAUCUGUGCCGCGUGCGGCGAAUAAAAUGAAUUAUUGCCGUAGAAAUUAGAAUUUGUAUCUGCCUGCUGUUACUGUUAGUGUACCUAUACGUUCGUGUUGUGUUGUUGUACAUGUGCUUGGAUGAAUCAGUGGAGUUAAGAUGUAGUGCUUGAUUUUAUUUUAUGGUGAUGCAGUGCUGGGGACAUUGUGUCAAGUACUAUCAUGUAGCUUUGUCGGAUGUUA